UUAUUUAUUUAUUUUUAUCUCCACUUCCUUUGUCACCCAGUGGGUUUGAAAAAGAUUUUGCUGCAAAAUCUUUGCUGCAAAAUCGUAUUUUCUUCACAAUUUCACUCUGCAAGUCCCGAAGGAGAAAAAAAAAGUAUUUUCUUCACUAGCGAUCACUGAGAGAAGCACGGACACGAGCAGCAGCAGCAUCAUGUCUGCAGAUCUGGAUCUCUCACCUCCUGAAGUUCCCGAGCCCACACUUCUAGAAAGCAUACUGCGCUAUGGACUGUUCCUAGGUGCCAUUUUUCAGCUCAUCUGCAUUCUAGCUAUCUUCAUCCCCACACCUCAGAGCCAUGAGCAGGAAGAGACGGAGAUCACAGACAGCAAAACCACCGAACAGAUGAAGAAACCAAAAGCAGCAGCACCUCAGAUUCGACAGAAACCAAAGAAAGAGAGCAAAAAGAAGCGAUAGAUAGAUAGAUAGAUGUGUGAGUUCUUGUAUCUGCUAGUGGGAAUGUGUGCCACUCCUUACAGAAUGACCUAAACUUCAGUUCCAUUCAUUUCCAUCACAGUAUAACAAGGAGCGUACCGUCUUUAAUAAUUGAUUCCUUUGUUUUAAAAAAAAUGUUUUCUACAUUUCAUUAUUAAAUUCAUACAUUGCGUUGUAUUUGAAAGGGGUGUGAAUGUUUUUUCUUCAUAUUAAUCAAUGUGGUAAAGGACUGGUUAGAUGUCCAAUGUUUUAGUAGGAAUGAAAGAAUGAUACGAAUGAUUGUAUGAAAAGGCAAUAAAGCAAUGAAUAUAUCACAUGA